AUUGAACAGACCCUGGACCUCAUCAUAGCCCCCCAGGGCAGCAUGGAUCUUGGCAGAUUCACUGGAAAGAGGACACUUACAGAGAGCUACAAUGGAAAAGUCCUGGAUGCUGUGGAACUUUGUUGAAAGAUGGCUAAUAACCUUGGCCUCCUGGUCUUGGGCGCUCUGCCGUAUUUCUCUCUUACCUUUAAUAGUGACUUUUCAUCUGUAUGGAGGCGUUAUCUUACUUUUGUUAAUAUUCAUAUCAAUAGCAGGUAUUCUAUAUAAAUUCCAGGAUGUAUUGCUCUAUUUUCCAGAACAGCCAUCUUCCUCACGCCUUUAUGUUCCCAUGCCCACUGGUAUUCCACAUGAAAACAUUUUUAUCAGAACCAAAGAUGGAGUGCGUCUGAAUCUUAUUUUGGUAAGAUAUACUGGAGACAAUUCACCCUAUUCUCCAACCAUAAUUUAUUUUCAUGGGAAUGCAGGCAACAUAGGUCACAGGCUACCAAAUGCAUUGCUUAUGUUGGUUAACCUCAAAGUUAAUCUUUUGCUUGUUGAUUAUCGAGGAUAUGGGAAAAGUGAUGGAGAAGCAAGUGAAGAAGGACUCUACUUAGAUUCUGAAGCUGUGCUAGACUAUGUGAUGACUAGACCUGACCUUGACAAAACAAAAAUUUUUCUUUUUGGUCGUUCCUUGGGAGGAGCAGUGGCUAUUCAUUUGGCUUCUGAAAAUUCACAUAGGAUUUCAGCCAUUAUGGUGGAGAACACAUUUUUAAGCAUACCACAUAUGGCCAGAACUUUAUUUUCAUUCUUUCCAAUGCGUUACCUUCCUUUAUGGUGCUACAAAAAUAAAUUUUUGUCCUACAGAAAAAUUUCUCAGUGCAGAAUGCCUUCUCUUUUCAUCUCUGGACUCUCUGACCAAUUAAUUCCACCAGUAAUGAUGAAGCAGCUUUAUGAACUCUCCCCAUCUCGGACUAAGAGAUUAGCCAUUUUUCCUGAUGGAACUCAUAAUGACACAUGGCAAUGCCAGGGUUACUUCACUAGCCUUGAACAGUUCAUCAAAGAAGUAAUAAAGAGUCAUUCUCCUGAAGAAAUGGCAAAAACUUCAUCUAAUGUGACAAUUAUAUAAUGUUUUUUUAUUGCACUGUAUUUUAGUUUGUGCAGAAUGAUAAAGAAUGUUUCUUUCUGGAAGUGUGUUAUAUCUGUACUUGUCUGAAGAGUGACAUUAAAUGUUGAAAGGACUUUAGUGCUCUUUAAAGAUGAUCCAAAUAGUUUUUUACAUUUGAAAAACUAUAAUUGUUGGGAUUAUUUCAUACAUUUUCAUCAAACCUUUCAAUGUGUUUAUGUGUCUGUAUCUUUAGUUUAAUAUGCCAGUAGAAUAUAUUCAAAAGUUUCUUGUUGCUAAAGUGGUACACUCCAUAUGAUACUUAAGGUUAAUGUCUGGGUGUGGAAGGGGAGAUACAGACGAGAAACCUUCGGAUAUUAUUCCUUUAGUAAAUAUUGGGACAAUCAUGGUAUACAAGCUUAGUUCUAUAACUGCAUUUUUCACCUUAAAAUGCAUGAUGAUAUUUUAUUUCUUGAAUUAUGCAAUGCAAUGUUUUUAAUGUAAAUAGCACUGGUCAUAUACCAAUGUAUAUGGUAACCUGGGUUAUAUCUAUUUUUAUGUAAACUAUUUUGGUUUUGGCAAGAAGUGAAAUUGAGGCCUGUGUGCAGGUUGCUAUUGAAUUUUGCUCUGGCGUAUGCUGAGAUUCAGCUUUUUCUUACAAAUAAAUGGGACCCCACUUUCCAACAAAAAUGUACUGUGUUUUGUUAGGUACAGUCUGGAUCAUGGCAUGCAAAAAUAGAAAUUUAGAAUUUCACUGCAGCUUCAGUGUGCAUCUUUGAACUUUUUUACAUUUGUAGUUUUGGUGGCAAAGAGAAUUUUACCUUUUAUCAAUUUCAUAAGUCUACAGGUAAACCACCAAUGGCAGUCAUAAUGAAGAUAACUUGUUUAAGAAUUAAAGUAGGAACUCUUAUUACAUAAUUGUACAUACUGUUUUACAGAAGUUCCCUCAUUUGAUUUUUAAGUCCCAGUAUCUAGGUAUAUCUAACCCUCUAAAGCCAAGGUGUCAUUUAUUGGACUUUCUGAAAAUAAACACAACAAAAACAAAAAAGUUAUGUUCUUUGGCUUAAUAUUUUAGUUAUAAAAUAGAACUGCAACAAAAGACAAUUUUAGGAAGUCUUAUUUUCUACAUGUAGGAAUGUGGGGAUGAAGGAAUGCUACAGCUUUUUAUCACAGAACAUAUUACCCCAUUUAACUAUUAAAUGGCUAUCAGUGGGAAGUAGUAUUUAGUCAUAUAGAAAUGUAUGAAAAAAUCUUUUAAAAAAGCUCCUUAAAAUUGCAGGAUUUACCUUAAAUAUAUAUAUAUACAUAUAUAUAAGCUUUGAGGCAUAAAUGUACUAAGUUGUGUCAAGCAGUCCUCAAAAAUUAGAUGUAUUUGAGCUCUGUGCAUUAUGUCAGCUUUAAAUGUAAUAUUUUGAAUAUUUUGGCUAUAUUUAUUGGCUUUGUGCAAGCAGCUAGAACAGAAAUAAUGGGUCGAUAGUUUUGACCUUAAUUUAAAAACUCUUUCUAUGGAGAUAGGGCUAGAAAUACUUUUGCCAAAUAACAUUCGCCUCAUUCACUUUAUGUCAAUAUUUAGAAAACACAGCAAAUAUGAUGUUUUUCUAUAAAUUAUUGUAAAAAAAGUCAUGCUUUUAAAAACAAAUUUGGUAAUGCAUAUCAUGGAAAGUGUAUUUUGUAUGUAUAAUUUCACUACAAUUAAAGGAUACUUUUCAUCUUGUCAAUCAUUGCUAUGUAGAAUGACUGUCUUAAAUAGUAAUGUACUAAAGGGAAAAAAUUUAAUACAAGAUCUAGUGUACUUAGACAUGAGCUUACAUGGAAAACCUUAGACUCAUAUCAUUCUUAAAAGUUUAUAAAGUACCUUCUUACAUUUUCAUGUAAUCAUUUAAUCUACUACACUAUGAAGGAAUUUAUCAAAUUUAGUUGUAAAUAUUAUGCUGAUGAAGCCUAAAAGCUUUUUCUUCAUCAGUGUUUUGUUUUACGCUUUUUAAAAUACUCCAUGUUUAUAAACAGUCUUUUUUUUUUUUUUAUCUUUUUAAGUCAAGACUUCAAAAGUUGUAAAGUACAUGUAUCCCAUCCCUACCUUCAUUCUCUUUGGGUUAAGGAGCCUUUCUUCCUACAGCAAAGGGAAGAGUCUGUUUCUAGGGUUGUAGUACCUAAUUUCUGUAUUUGAGCAUAUUUCUUUAGAUAGGGAGAAAUAGAAAACAAAAUCAGUUCUUCAAAAUGUGUCUAAUUUUUGGCCAAAGCAUUUGGUGUUAAUAAAAUGUGAAUUCUGAAUGAGUCACUUCAUUUUGGAUUCAUAGGUUUAGUGGGAAUA